AUAAUCUUCACAUGACCAUUUCUCCUAACAACGUCUCCCUGUGUUCCAUUAAGAUGUAUGUAAAACAGCUCGCUUUGUGUUUCUGCCUCGGCCUGAGGCCUGAGUGAGUGUUACGCAUCUGAAGGAAUGAGAAAGUGCUUUCAGGCCUGAUCAUGAGUGCAGGAGGCUGAGGCAGGGUUCAGAGAUGAUCCGCUUCUCAUGACCACAAACCCUCUCAAUCCCAGCAGCAACAUGGAUGAUGACUUCAGGACGCGCUCCAGUGGCGCAGAAAACACGCUGUUUGGAGAGCCUUUAACUCGGCACACAGCUGUUAAUCUGGCUAUUGGUGGACUCACAUCUCUGUUUGUCCUAGUAACUGUCAUCAGUUCGUUUGUCUUCCCUAAACCUCCUCCAACAGCAUUAAAUAUUUUCUUUGUGGUCUGCAUCAUCAUGAUCUGUUCUUCUGUAUUGGUGCUGAUAUUCUGGUAUCGUCAAGGUGAUCUGGAUCCAAAGUUUCGUGGUCUGAUUUAUUAUUCCAUAGGUCUCAUUAUCCUCCUCUGUCUGUGUGCCAAUCUGUACUUCCAUGAUGUCGGAAGAUGACAUGAUUCAGACACACUACUUGACCUUCAUAAUUCUGUCAAGCACAUUAAAAAGUGAUUUAUUUGUCAGAAGUGAGCCUCACAGUUUUGAUUAUGUUUGCAUAGGUGAUAAGAUGCAUGUUCAAAUCUAUUAAGUUUUUAUUUGAAUAUUUGGAAGGUGUACUUUUUUUGCUAAUUUUAUUUUGCCAAAGCUGUAUAUACUCAAUAUUUUGUACUCAAUAUUAUUUUCUGUUGCUACCAAGAGUGAAGUCAUGCUUAAUAAAGCAGCAUUUCAGUUAGUUAUUAAAUAUUGUGAUUUAUGUUAUGAGAACAAUACUGGUGCCAAAGGUCUGACAACUGGCAAUAAAUAAAAUAGUAUACAUGCA